AUGUGGUCUAUGGGUCUGGUGCAGCAGCCAAGCCUCCUUCCUCUGGCCACAGCUUCUCUGCCAGAUCUCCAACUCUUAGCCAGACACUUUGACUGGAAAUUCAGAAAUCUGGUCAUACAGCAGCUCCUGGCCAUGCCUCAGACCAUACUCACCUCAGCACUACACCACCUGUUAUUACUGCCUUUGAGUCCUCAAAAUUAUCUCAUUUCCCCUUCCCCAUUAGUCCAUUCCUCAUCAUUCUCUGCACCAUCACCUUUUUUCUCCUCAUCCUUCUCACCUUCUGCUCACUCAUCAUCUCCCCCACAACCAUCACUCCCUCCUGCCUCUCCAUUUACUCAUCCUGAAGCCAUAUUUGCCAUGCACCAAACUUCUGCCACAGUUCACCCUGCUGAUCCCAGCCAAUUUAUCAUCAAGGACUCCACUUUCCAGGAGGCUCUGGAAUGUAACUCCCACAGAUGGCAAGGAAACACUGCAUAUCUUCCCUCCCACAACAGCGAUGCACUUAAUGAAUUGGGCCGAGAUAAUUAGUGAAAGCUUUCUGUGUUAAAGAGAUGCAGCUAGUGAGCCAAUAUAUAUACUGAUCGUUCAUUUAAUCCUUUAUGCCAUAAAACUUCUCUGAAAAAAUCUAGUGAAUAAUUUUUCCUCUAUCACUGCACUGUCCUUGAUCUAAAUUACAUAUUAAAACUACACAUGAUAGUGUAAUGAUCAGUAUGCUUGGCUCACAAACCACAUAUAUAUAUAUAUAUAU